CGCCCCCUGGCGGUUACUGUAUCCUCGCACACACACACAAUGCCCUCCCGGAAGAGGAGCCAGUUGUUUCGUGCAGUUUUGUGUCCAGCAUGGCCGCGGUGAGCUUUAGUGGGCUGUUCCUGGCGUCUGUCGCCUUGAUAAACUUUAUUUUCGUGUUCGGGACGUGCGUGGAGUUUGUCAAGUUCAUAUCUUUCCGAGCGAUUUACUACAACAUCACGGGGAGAGCGCCGCAGGUCCAAGAGUCCUCCUCCCGUGGUUGGUCAGUAGCUCUUCAGGACCCGGCCGUGCUCCGGCCCCUCGCGGUUGACCUGGCCUUGCUCUUUCUCUUCGCGGUGCAGCACAGCCUUCUCGCCGUGGAGUCGGUCAAGAGACGCCUCCGGGCGGUGUUCGGAGUGCUGCAGCGCGGCUUCUAUGUAUUCACCACUGCCUUGGCGCUGCAGGUGUUGAUCCGAUACUGGCAGCCUGUGCGUGACGCCCCCUUUCUGUGGAACAGCAGUACUGCGCCCUGGAGCACCUGGCUGCCUCUGCUGUGCUUCAUCAUUCACUUCCUGUGCUGGCUCAUCAUAUUCAGCAUCGUCCUCAUCUUCGACUACGCAGAGCUCAUGGGCAUCAAGCAGGUGUACUAUCACUGCCUGGGUCUGGGUGACCCUCUCUCUAUGAAGUCCCCACGAGCACAGCGUCUCUACGCUCACCUGCGCCACCCUGUCUACCUGGAGGUGUGUGUGGUUCUGUGGGCAGUACCCUGCCUUUCUCUUGACCGGCUGCUGCUGUCCGGAGUGCUCUCCCUUUACCUGACCUGCGGCCACUCCCUGGACACCAGAGACUACACCUACCUGAGUGCCCAGCUGCACAACAAGCUGGACCUGUUCAGCCGCUCCGCCCAGCCCGGGAGCAACGGUCAGCCGGUCAGCGCCACCACAGCCAGCUGCAAAGACGAAUGAAACAAGGGGGCACCUGAUUGGUUCUGUGCCUUGGAACCACUGAACAAUCAAAUCAAGCGUUCUCCUGCCUCAAUAUUAUUGUUACACGAACCAAAUAUUCGGAUCAAGUUUUCUACAGCUGAGGGUCAUUGGUGUCGGGCUAAUUUACCAUUGCAAGUGAGACAAGUGAAGAAACAGCUGCUUGGGUUUGUGUGGUUUGCAGUUUUAAAAAGCAGCAAUCAUUACAAACCCAGGCAGCUGUUUCUUCACUUGUUUCACUUUGAAUGGUAAAUUAGCCCGAUCAGCUCCAAUGACUCUCGUCUGAUUGUCAGCACCUGCUUUCUGUGGAGCAGUCAAUCCCAAUAAUUGAAUAAUCAGUUGAUGCAGCUCUACUAAAUAUCCUCUUGUUUUGUGUUUCAGUUCAUUUUAGUUCACAAGUGUUUUUCUUUUAAACUGUUAAUAAUUUAAUACAGUUUAUUAUAAUUUUAUAUUGUUUAAUAGAAAUAUAUUUUUAUGCCGGCGCCCAAGUCAAAGCAGUAGAUCGAGCAAUGGUCCCCUUCCUCAGCCAGUGUUAGAAGAUGCCAGUGCUGGGAUAAUAUGGAAACUUUCUAGAGACAAAAAGGCCAGGCUGAUCAACAGACAAAAGUACAAAUGAUAUUCUGAGUGUUUUUAUGGUUCCGUUGCCUGCUUAUGAUCUUUGAUCACUGUUACCGGUUCUCACAGCAAUGACUCUCAAAAUAGUUUUUCAUUAUUUUAAGUCUUUAUUAACAAGCUUUCACUGUGAGUUCAGGAGCUGCUUUUCAGUUCUAGUUGCCUGCCACUGACACGUGUAAUGUAGUCUAGAUCGGCUAAAGCAGCAGCAGCACCAGCGCCAUCUAGUGCACAGCUGUAUAUUACCAGCAAAACAGAAGAACAGCUCCUGGAUUCAGAUGAAAACACCAAAUCAGCAAAAAAGAACAAAAAAAAAACAGUAUUUGAGUCAUUGCAAUAAAAACUAUCCUGAAUGGUUACUAACAUCAAAAAAGGUUCUUGUUCUUUUAGGGAGGUUGUUUUCCUUGCAUUUCUAAAUAAAUGUUUUAAUUAGAAAACUGCCUUUUAAGAAGCCAGGAAUAGUUCAGAAUUGUUCCUUAAAAGCACACACACACACACACACACACACACACAUAUAUAUAUAUAUAUAUAUAUAUAUAUAUAUAUAUAUAUAUAUAUAUAUAUAUAAUGUUAAUUUGCACACAUUUUCUUUAAAAUGUUGCCAGUAAAACAAAAAUACAGUUUACUGUAUAAAUCAAGGCGAUCCUCCCCCCUUUUUUUAAAUUCUGUUUUGCACCCUGAACUAUAGAAGAUUAAUGUGCUUCUACCUACUACAAUAAUCAAUCCUGCAUCUCGUGUAUACACUGGGCAGGUCUCGCGUGUGCAGCUUUGAAACAAGCUCAUGUAUUUCCAUACUAUCUUAAAGAAAGUUUGCAUGCCUUCCUUCCAUGUAUUCUGUUCAGGCUGGUUAAUGAUGUGAAAAUGGCAAUGGCCCAAGUGGAGUGACCUAGGAAGUGCAAGAGGAACAGACUACCUGAAAGUCAGUGCCAGUAGAAAUGCAUUCAACCUAGUCUGACUCCAGAUACUGGCUUAUAAAAUGAAAAUGUAUUGUUUUAAAAUGUAUGUUACAGGGGGUCCCCAAAGUUAGCUAUUCCACUCCAGGUCUUUGUUUGAACCCUGUUCUAAAUUGUUUGAUUGAACCAAUGUUCAGUUCUAGUUGCUAACUGUUCCUGUUAAACCUAGAGUGGAAUGCCCCUGGUCUCUCAUAACCAUCUACUGCUGCAGGGGUGUUUCCAAUAAGCCUGCAGAUUUCGUUAUCUCAUAAUGAUGUUACACUAGAAUCACAUUCUGUGGUCUCUCUGUGCUGUACUCUUCUGGAGUUUGCUUUCUUUAAAGUUGCAGCCAGACAGUGUCCCACAAGCAUAUCACAUGCACUAAAUAAAAUAUACUAGUCUCUACGUACUUAAUUCUUUCAUAGCUUAGUUCCUGUAAUGUUGCAGACAGAUAGUGUCCCAAUGUGAUGUUCAGUUGACACUACAAUAGCAUACACUGGUGCCCUUUUACUGUAUUAGGGUUUAACUGGACAGAAAAACCCAUCUUUCAAUGUAUGUAUGUUACAUUUUGUUUAACCAUGAGUAUUGCUGUUUCGUUUUUUUAUAUAGCUAAUAUGCCAGCAUGUAUUGCACACACUAUUUUGUGUUUGUAUUUAUUUGAUUUAUUAGAUAGUAGAGUCAGACAUGACUUGAAACAAAGCUGGGUUUUGUCACCAGCUCUGCACUUGUCCGGUUUUGUUAAAAGUAAGCGGCUUAUUUUAAAAUAAAAAGAAAUAAAAAACUG